AAACAGAAGACCCUUCUGAGACAAGCUACCAAUAUCAUUCCUCAGCAGAAUCAGAGAGAGAGAGAGAGAGAGAGUGAGGAACAAUAUUAAGAAGAAGGACAACAACAAAGUGUUCUAAAAAGCAUAGCCGAUCGAAAGAGAGGUUCCUAGGGAAAUGGAACUGGACCAUGUUAUGGACUUCGAGGACUAUUUCCCUUCAAUGAUUGCACGCUUAGGAGCAGAAGGGUUCAUCGGAGAGCUUUGCAGUGGCUUCCGUUUGCUGAUGGACGUGAACAAGGGUCUCAUCACGUUCGAGAGCUUGAAGUUGAACUGUUACUUGCUCGGUUUGGACGUUAGGGACGACGAGCUCGCAUGCAUGCUAAUGGAGGGUGAUUUGGAUGGAGAUGGUGCUCUCAGCCAAAUGGAGUUUUGCAUUCUCAUGUUCAGGCUCAGUCCAUGCUUGAUGGACACACCCAAAAUGCCUUCGGAGAAUCCCAUCUUCAUCUAAUGAUGUGUACAAUUUUACUCUAAUUCUCUAAAUGCUGCAUCCUCUACGCCUUCUCUUACUCAAUUCAGUAACAUUUUCGUUUGGAUGAGAGAAUUAAUUAGUGUAUCUUGUUGUAAGUUGUAACCUUCUUUUGUUUUUGUAAUUUUAAGGUUUCUCAAGAAAUAAUAAAAAAUAAAAUAAAAAAAGUUAACAAAAAAUUAAAGAGGCCUCUGUGUAGUGUAUUUUCUCUCUCUCUAUUUCAGUGUAAUGAUUGGCCUCAUGUGCAUUAUUAUGACCUAAUGGUGUCAUGCACUGUUGUCGAAGAUAACGUUCUGGAAAGGUGUUGGAGCAACGUCAUUUCAAGUUUUCGUUGUAUGGCUUAUGAGCAACAGGAAGAGACACAGGCUCGCACAUGGAUACGAGCAUUACUCAUACAUAUCUAUUUUACAAUUAUGUUUAGCUGUAAUUCAAGAUACGGGAAUAAUUAAAUGCUUUUUCAAAUUUUAUAUAAUUA